AUGACUCGCGGAAACGUCAGUGUCUAUAAGGUCUUCUACAAGGGCACCUACGAUGACUAUCUCGUCUUUAUCGAUGACGUUGCGACUCUCAACAAAUGGAAGAAGGACCGCUCUAUCCCGCUGGCACAAGUCGUGAGUGGAUUCCGGGUGUUUGUUACACAUCGACAUGGAGCCCAGGGCAUCCAUGACGGGGCCAGCAAGGCCAUGUUGGAGAAUGAGUUUGGGACAUCGAGCGAAGAUGAGUGCAUUAUGAAGAUCUUGGAAAAAGGGGAAAUACAGGAGACUGAGAAUCACGAACGGAACGCAACGAGGAACGAGACUAUGGGUUCAAGAGUUGCUCAUUAG